CUCUCUGCCGCACUUCCCCAUCUGUGAAGUGGGGAUAAUAAUGCUUUCCGACCUCAUGAGGUGUUGGGAGGAUAAAUAAACAAAAGAUUCUAAGGUGCUCAGACACUACAGUAAUGCGGAGAGGGAGGUAAUAUAAGUACCCUGGUCUACACUAUGAGUUUAUGUCAGAUUUAGCAGGUUACAUCGAAUUAACCCUGCACCCAUCCACAAAACUAAGCCAUUUUUUCGACAUAAAGGGCUCUUAAAACCCAUUUCUGUACUCCUCCCCAACGAGGGGAUUAGCGCUGAAAUCGACAUCACCGUUUCAAAUUAGGGUUGGUGUGGGCGCAAUUCGAAGGUGUUGGCCUCCGGGAGCUAUCCCACAGUGCACCGUUGUGACCGCUCUGGACAGCACUCUGAACUUGGAUGCACUGGCCACGCCAGGUGUACAGGAAAAGCCCCAGGAACUUUUGAAUCUCAUUUCCCGUUUGGCCAGGCGAGCUCAUCAGCACAGGUGACCAUUCAGAGCUCAUCAGCACAUGUGACCAUGCAGUCCCAGAAUCGAAAAAGAGCUCCAGCAGGGACCGAACGGGAGGUACUGGAUCUAAUCACUGUAUGGGGAGAGGAAUCCGUGCUAUCAGAACUACAUUCCAAAAGACGAAACGUCAAAACAUUUCAAAAAAUCUCCGAGACCAUGAGGGACAGAGGCUACAGCAGGGACGCAACACAGUGCCACUUAAGGAGCUCAGACAAGCGUACCAGAAAACCAAAGAAUCAAACGGACGCUCCAGGACAGAGCCCCAGACAUGCUGCUUCUACCCUGAGCUGCAUGCAAUUCUGGGGGGGUGGGGUGGGGUGCCACCACUGUCCCACCCCUGUCCGUGGACUCCGAUGAUGGGGUACUCUCCGCUAUGCCAGAGGAUUUUGCAGACGGGGAAGAUGAUGAGGAGGAGGACGAGCUUGAGGAGAGCACACAGCACACCAUUCUCCCCAACAGCCAGGAUCUUUUUAUCAUCCUGACUGAAAUACCCUCCCAACCCAACGAAGCCGGAGAAGGGACCUCUGCAGCUGCAAAUGUUUCAAGCCUCCCUCCUCCGUCCCAAAGGCUAUCUCAGAUAAGGCGGCGAAAAAAACGCAUGCGUGAUGAAAUGUUCUCUGAGCUCAUGCAGUAGUCCUGCACUGACAGAGCUCAGCAGAGUGUGUGGAGGGACACAAUAGCAGAGUACAGGAAAGUGGCCGAUGAACAUGAGGAGAGGUGGCGGCAGGAAGAUCAGAGGAGGCAUGAGGAAAUGCUGGGGCUACUGCAGGAUCAAACGGACAUGCUCCAGCAUCUGGUGGAGGUUCAUGAAUGGCAGCAGGAUCACAGACUGCCGCUGCAACCCCUGUUUAACCACCCUCUCUCUUCCCCAAGUUCCAUAGCCUCCUCACCCAGACACCCAAGAACGUGGGGCCGGGGGGAGAGGUUCCGGGCACCCAACCACUCCACCCCAAUGUACAGCCCAAGAAACAGAAGGCUGUCAUUCAAGAAGUUUUAAAAUGGACUUUUCCUUCCCUCCUACCCUCCUCCCACACCCCACCCAGGCUACCUUGGAUACAUCAGGACAAGGGAGAUUCUGCACCAUAUUUCGUUCCUAUUCAAGAGGUGCUCAGGGGGUGAUACUGGUAUAUGACAUUACAAAUCGCUGGUCAUUUGAUGGUAUUGAUCGAUGGAUAAAGGAGAUAGAUGAGCAUGCUCCUGGUGUACCUAAAAUCCUGGUUGGAAAUCGCCUUCAUUUAGCCUUCAAGCGUCAAGUCUCCACUGAACAAGCACAAGCCUAUGCCGAGAGACUAGGCAUGACUUUUUUUGAAGUUAGCCCACUUUGUAACUUUAACAUCACAGAGUCUUUUACUGAGCUGGCAAGGAUAGUGUUAAUGAGACAUGGGAUGGACCGGCUCUGGAGGCCAAACAAGGUACUGAAUCUGCAAGAUCUCUGCUGCCGUGCCAUAGUUUCAUGCACCCCUGUGCAUCUUGUCGACAAGCUCCCGCUCCCUGUUGCCUUACGAAGCCAUCUAAAAUCUUUCUCUAUGGCCAACGGCCUUAAUGCCAGGAUGAUGCAUGGACGCUCCUACUCACUCACUGCCAGCAACAACAACAAAAGGAACAGCCUAAAGAAAGCUAAAAUCAUCCGUCCCCCACAGAGCCCACCAAAAAAUUGUACAAGAAACAGUUGUAAAAUUUCCUAAACCUGAUGUGGCUGAAAAACAAGGUUGACUUUCCUCACAUGGAGCCUUGAACACAGGGAGUCCUGUUGAAUAGCUGAGCAUGCUCCGUGUAUCACAUGACAUUGACAAAAAUAAGGAAAGACUUAUUUUACAGUGUGCUCACUAUAACAAUGCUGCUUUGGAAUGAAUGAUGUGUUCUGUGCAACAGAAGUGGAUGUGACACUUUGCUUUUGGACUUUUAGAUUGGAAUUUUUGUUGUGCACAAUGCUCGUGUUUUGAGAUGUGUGUUUUUUAUAAAGGGAAUAAUUAUCAUUUUAUUAAGUUGUUAAUUACAAUAGAUCUUGGAAGUGACUUGUGUAAUUCACUAGAUAAAAAUCUGUUUUAUCACAAACUUUAUUUGCAAAUAGGCAAAAAUUAGUGUGUCAGUUUGUAGAUUCAAGCAAAGAUUUUUUUAAAUGCAAUGUAUUGUAUACAUUGAAACUUUACAAAUGGUGAGACAUUCUAGUACUAUUGAAGUAGUGGAUAUGAUUAUUUUUUGUACAACUUCCUUGGUAACCUCGAAGCACUAAUUUAACUAAGCUGCAAAUGUGUAUAUAGAAUAUUAUGCACAACAUGUUUUUGUCCAUUAAGUGUAUGAAACAGAUUUGAUAAAGUUUUUGCUAUGUUAUUUAAUACUUCUGGGGAUUAAUCUGUGGUUUAUAUUCUUAUUUUUCUGUAAAUCUACAUUUUUUGUACCAGAUGUUCUACAAAGUGUAGUUCUAAGAAGAAAAUGCCAAAGACAAUAGUUGCAACAACAGUAAGAGGAAUGUGACUGAAGAGCUGCUUUAUAGGGAAAGAACAAUAUUAUUUAAAAAUAAAUGUUCCUGGAAAAACAAA